AUGGCCAAGACAAUUUCCAACAUGGCUGCAAAAGGAGCGAUUAAAUCCAUUCGAGGUAAAGAUCUUGGAUCCUUGAAUGCAUUACGUUAUAGUGCCCGUGUAAACAUUUUAUGUAAUGAAAACCCCAUCAUUACGAAAAGAGGUUUCAGUUUAAGCAGGCAUAAGCUAGCAGUAAAUGUAAGAGAUGUUGAGGCGGAAAAAACCUUCAAAAACGAAAGAGAUGUUCCCUUUCUUUUUCUCCCUCAUACAGUUAAAAAGGCAUACGUUGUACACGAGGCUAUGACAUCCAUACCUCAGGUUUUUGACAAAUAUAAAUGGCUUACAAAAACUAUUUCAACACCUGGUCUUCCUGUGACUUACGACGAAAAAGUGGUAGAAAAAGAAUUCGUUGAGGCAUUUCAUGAUUCACUACAACAAGCUGUUUCUUUCCAGAAAAGUUACAGAAACAAGAAUCAAUCUCGAUACAUUAAUGAAAGAAUUGAGUACAAUAUGCUAAUAAACUUUAUUAGACUAUCAAUGAUGGUGAAUUCAAAUUUGGAUCAUCUUUCUGGGGAUAACUCAAUUUUGUAUCACAACCCUUUGCUUGAAACACAUUGGCCAAGAAACUAUAAAUUUUUCCAGACUAAAUUCCGGCCAACUUUUGUUUUGAGGACAAAAAAAAGACUAGAAGCAAUUGAGAAAUCAGAAGGGUUAACCCAAGAUGAAGUAGACAGUAUUCCAGGUCCAUAUGAUAAUUAUGCGCUUAAUGUCUAUCGGCAACACAUAGUUCAUUUGCAUAAUCGACCUGCCAUGGAUAAUUCUACAUUCAAUCCAAUCAAACACCCCCAUACAACUGUCAUCUCAAAUAGCCGCAUUCGUACACAAGAACAGUUUCUGUCUUGUGCAACAUUUUCUUCUUUUGCCCAACUUAUCGCCCAAGCUCAAACUGUUGGUACCUUGCAUGGGACAGAUUUAAAGGAGCCACUACUUACACAAUGUGUUGUUACAAAUGGCCAUCGAAUUUGUUUCAUGGUUUACCAACUGAACACCCUUCAUUUAACUGAUGACAAAGGGUUGUGGAAUCGUUGCUGGUAUUCACCAGUGCUUGACAUGUACGAGAGAAAGAACACUGAGGAUCACCUAAAUCUUAUAUUUGAGGACGCUAUACAAAGUACAAAGCUGGAAGGCUUUAAUGAAACUAUCUGUAAAUACUUUUUUAAUUUUUUUUCAAAGGAAUAAUAUUUGUUACGAAAAUUCGUUACGAAAAUUUGGUAUAUAAGAAAUGAUAUAACAAAAUCGUGAAAUACA